GUCCCCUAAGGAACUCUCCUUCGCUCACUCACUCGCCUGCCACGCAGACACAACCCUUGCCUUACCCUCUUACCAACUUAUGAUACUCUCCUCGCUACCUAGGUGUGCCCUCUUUAAAGAUUCCCGACUUUGCUGCCAAUGCUGACUCCUUGCAGCCCCACACAACAGCUCAACAACAUUCUCUUCGGUCCACUUGCAUUCCUCCUCGUUGACACAGACCGUCCUCCUUAGGGUCACUCCGAUUCUAUACAGAACACCUCUCUCAUCCGAAUGGGAUAAAUCAUCAUUACUGCACUUGGAUCCAGGUCGCUGCUGGUCCUUCAUAUACUAGAGAAAAACAACAGUUCAGGAGUCGCUCUCCUCUGCCAUAUACCAUACAUCAUCUGAUUCUCCAGGGUUUCCGGGACAUUCGUCACCAUAAGUUUUCCCAUCAAUCGCCAUGUACGCUUUGAAGACACCGUCAUUCCUCCGGCCCACCAGCCGACCUUCUUCCCCUGCUCCACCCGUUCGUCAAGACUCGGCCCCAGUCGCUGACCGUCCCUCAUUCACUUCUAUGCUCUCUUUCCCUACCUUCAAGCGUACUGCGUCUCCUUUGGUCAAGUCUGCAGCUACAGUCGUCCAAGAUGGCUCCUAUAUGGAUGUCCUCAACCUCAAGCUGAGCGAAGCUGUCACAAAAGCACUAAACCAUCCGACCGGGCCAGGACCAGCCAAUGAGUUGCUCAACGGCAGGCGGCCGAUUCCCGCUGGUCGUGGACGGGCAUUGGGCGAACUGAUUGUUUCGGAACUCAACGCAUCAUGCGAAGAUUCAUAUCUCCAUCGCGCAGUCAUCCGGACAUUACGCCGUCCCCUCUCCGUCCUGGUUAAUAACAUGUCGACCAACCUUCUGCCUCUAAUUUCCUCUUCCGCUUUUCUGUUGCCAGCUGCGCCCACGCAGCAGAACCCCAACUUGAACCCUACACAAUUACAUGCGGUCGCUCUAGCCACAUUUGCUGGUGAGCUGGUCGACGUCUUCGAUCAAAACGGGUUAGGUCAAGAAGCGGAUUCGCGAGGGGAUGGUCUCAGAGUCACCCGAGAUGGCCUCGUCUCCAUCGUCAAGCGAGUCAUUGAACCGCUUAUGAACGCAAUUAGGAAUGAACCUAUGCCACACGUCGAGGCUCUCGAGAAAGCCAACAAUGCCAUGACACUUCCCUCCAAUGCCGGUGUGGCUGCCAAAUCCGCUGGUGCUACCAAGACCUUGGUGCACCCAUCCAUUGUUUUCAUGCAAAGCAUGGUUCCCAUCUAUUCUCGUGCCGUUGCUCGUUACGCUACGUCAUCCAUCAGCGAGAGCAUGCUCACUUCUCUCCUUCUCUCGCUUAUAUGGAGAGGCCUGGUCGCACUCUCCAAUCGACCUAAUCCUACGCCAUCUCCGCCCACCUCACCUGCCCUUACAGCUGCUAGUGUGACGCUCAAGGUCAAGGACCGAAAGCGUCGUGGUUCAAGCGAGACACCUCCCACCACGCCUCCUGCGAGCAGAUUCACCCUCAAGUUGCCGCCUUCUCGGCCACCUUCACCUCCGUCUCUGCAGAGCUACAAGGGCUCGACCGCAGCAGGUGAUGCAAGAACUUUGUAUGACCUCAUGUGGUCCCUUCCGAAGCCCUCUGAGAGCAACAGGCUCGCAUUCGAGGCAGUCAUGGACGCAUUCGACGCUCUCAGUUCUCUGGCUGCGUUGUUGGACUCUGUCCAAGCUAGGCUCAAGUCCAAGGUGGUCGCUGACCCGAACGAGUUGGCAAGGGAUUUGGAAGUCGUCACUGUUGACUGUCCAACCCUCGUUGCUUUACCUAUCCUCCUUCGGACCUACGUCUUUCCCGUUCUAUCGCCAGCCCCAGCAUUGCUCAGCGCUGAGGGAACUCAAUUGACUGAGCGGACUGUUGCCUCCAUGCUCGGUUUGACAGAAGCCGUGUACAGGGCUGGGUGCAUCUCUGGGUUCAGUAGGGCGGAGGAAUGCACUAUCGCAGUGGGCCAGAGGAUUCUCGCGAUGUUGCGUGAAGAGUUGGCGCAAGUGGCUAAUGCCAAUGCGAAUGCGGUUUUGAAGGAGGCGUAUGUGGUGUUGAAUUGGUUGGAACGCGAGAUAGCUAUCGUUUCUGCUGAGGCUGCGGAAAGCCAUUGACUAUAUGGACCCUUGUGCCUAGUUCCAGAAUCGUUUUUUCCUCCUUCUGUCAAUUGCAAUCAUUAUCUUAUGAAGGCAUAUUAUCUUUAUUCGAGUAAUUAUGGAUGUGAGGUUGGUUCUAGAUCUGUGUUCUUGGUUUUGGUAUCUUACUACUACUACUUCUUACUGUGUCGUAUCAGUUUCGAAGCCUCUCCGUUCUUCUCUUGAAGUGUUUGUUGUCGUGCCACAUUGGAUUAAUAUCUUUACGAUAUAGCACAGGUCAACUUGAUGUAUCAGUACAAUGUAGAGCAUGAUGAAAAGUAAGUUAUUUGUCACGAACUUUGGUCUAUGGAUGAUGUAUGAGCGU